UUAUAACCUGACUUCGUUUGAAUUGGUAGCAUUUUAAACGUACGAAAUUAUCACAAAAAGUAUAUUCUUAUUAAACAUGUUGUGAUAAUUGUAUACGUUUAAAACGUUACUCGUUUCCUCAUGAAUAUUAAUGAGCGUUGAGGCGAGUGGUUGUGAUUGGCUCACAGACCUAACGUUUCCACGACAACUGGAGAUAACAUGAAGGGUUGUCACCCACGACUAAAGGCACACAAGAACUAAACUGACCUCGUUUGAAAAGGUGGUUUUAAAGGUAUGCAAUUAUCACAAAAAAUAUAAUACUAUUAUAGUAUGAAGUAUUUUGAACUUGCCUGACUUUUUUCAACUUAUGACCCAAAUGGAGGAAGCAGAGGGAAUAGAUAAAAAUGAAAAUGACCACAAGUUGGAGAACGAAAACUCUGAGUCAGAUAACGAGAACAUACACGAAGCACCGUUGAUCGAUUCAUCUGAAGAGCUCUUCAAACCUCCUCUCCACAAUGAGGAGGAAACGGCUAUUGAAGGAACGUCAACAGAGCCAGACACACAGUCAGGGGGUCUCGGAGCCGGCCCAGAGCACGAGGGCGGGCCUUCUGCUGCUCAGGUUACAGAAGAGGCUGAAGAGCGCAGGGCCUCUGUUGCUACGGUUACAGCAGAGGCCGAACCUACAGAACCAGGAGGAGACGGGGAACAUGAUGAUGACCGAAACGACCCGGACAUCAGCAGCGUGAGCUUGGUUUUGGAAGAUGACGACGAGGCCCCUCGUGAGACGGACCCGCCCUCCCGUGAGGACAGUGUCGGGUCCGAGUCCCCCGGGGAGGGUGAUCGGGAGACCCCCGAGCAGGGAGCCUCGAGCAACGGGCGCGAGGAGGAAGACGGCUGCGAAGAAGGGGCGUAUGCGCAACUCUAUUACCAGCUGUGCGCUGAGAGGGAAGAGAUCCUUCAGCACAGCGGGGAACUGCAAACCAAGAUCGCAGAGAACUUAGUGUUUUGGAAAGAUACCGGAGGAGACGGCCAGCCAGAAGAGGGGAUUCGGCCGUUGGAUGAGCUCCAGCAGAUCUAUGAAACCUACCUGACCCAACUGGGUGACCUCAAGAAAGCGCAGGCGGAAAUAAGGGAGUUACAGACCCAAGAGUUGCAGCAGCAAGUGGAAUCCGAAUGGCGGGAUCUCGUGGCCCUCAAACGCCACACGGCCAUGACGGCCCCGGGGCCACAGGCGGCGCGCGCCGGCGUCGACGAGGUCCUGGGGCGGGAGCGGAAAUGCAUGGACGAGCUGGUCGCCACCAAGAUGGCGGACGUCCAGUCCAAGAGGAAGAGCCGCGCCCAGCCGCAGACGGAGAGCGUGUCCGACAUGCUGCAAAUGGUAGAGCAGAGGAAGGAGAGGCAGCUGCUGGCAGAGAAGUGUGACGAGGAUCUGCGGAAGAUACGGAAGAACUAUGCAAGCACAAUGCAGGUCACGGUUCACAUCAGGGAGAGCCUCCAGUGGAUCCAGGCGGAGAACCAGGCCAAGAGCGCCCAGCUGGCCCACUGGGAGGGCCUGCUGGCCCAGAAGAGGGAGCUGCUCACGGGGGCCAAGAGGGCCUGCAGCCGCCUGCGCUCCCGAGCCCUGGACCUGAGGCAGCGCUGCGGCAUGCUGGGAAACGUGGCUCUGCUCAGAGACUUUGAGGAGCAGGUGGACGCCUGCGGACACCUGGAGGGCGACGAGGGGAGUCUCCGACAGCGCCACUCCGAGGCGGCUCUGAAGUGCGCACGCUGGAAGACGAAGCUGGGGAAGAGCUGAUUGGGGGGUGUGUGUAUGAUUACAAUUAUUAAUUAUAUAUAUAUAAUUGUUAUAAUACAUUUGUUAUAAAGCCUGUUGCCUUCUCCCUUGUUUUAGAUAGAUGGUCUGAUAGGGUAACAGGUACUUUGCAAAAUGUAAUUCACGCGUGAUAAGGAGUAUCACAACCACUAUGAUAGUAAAGGGGUAAAGUAUGCUGGGAAAAUAAAAAAACAUUAACCGAAUAGAUGUUUAUGAUGCACAAAAUCUUUGCCUUGUUGUUAUAUAUAUAUAUAU